AUGGGUAGAACUUCCAAAUCUCAGCCUUCAAGCGCCUCCAAUUCCGAUGAAGAAGAAGAAGAGGUUGAUAACGUUAACGACCAUAUCGAAGACGACGAAGACGAACUCGAAGCCGUUGCUCGUUCUGCUAGCUUCGACGAUGAUGACAAUGUGCCUGAUGAAGAUGAAGCCGGCGAGUACGCCGAAGACGACGAUAAUCAGGAUGAAAGUAGUGCGAAUCUUGAGAUUAGUAAGCAUGAGAAAGCUAGAUUGAAGGAACUAGAGAGAUUGAGGAAACAGAAGAGGACUGGUCUGCUUUCGGCCCAUUUCGUUUUCCUCUGA